GGUUUCGCUGGAAAUACCUGACAGAAACCUGCUGGAUUCGUUCUUAACAGCAGUCUGAUGUAAAAUAGCCCUAAAAGAGUCUUUUAUUCCGCAUUAGAUUAAUCUCACUCGAGACGGUUCAAGAUCUGGUGCGGUAAGAGAGUGAAAGUAAAACCUGCUCAAGCCUUUAUUCUUACAUUUGUUCCUUUAACGAUCAAAUGGAAUAAAAGCUGAACACCAAGCUCUGAGAUCCGAUGGAUCCAUGUCAAGGAAGACCUGAGGAUCACGUGUUUCAGGGAUGGGACGUCUUCUCAGAGCAGGAUUAUCUGGAUUUAUACACAGCCCUUUCUGAUUCGGCGGGAGAUCAGAGGAAUCAGCAGCAGGUGAAUGUGGACAUGAAGAAAGAGCAAUCAGAUAAAGCACCUGCUGGAUCAGCUCCACUAAACAGUCCAGAGCUGAUGGAGCCCAUGACAUUACAGACCACGGACUUUUGGAACAUUACUUUAACCGAUUCAGCACAAGGCAGUAACUGUAGAACCGCAUCCCUCUGCUCGUCUGCGUCGAAUCUGCUCUCAGAAUAUGAGCCCGUUCACACCGAGUGUAUCUGGAGCGUGGUGUGGGCUCGGAUGGCUCCUGUACACGAGUCUCUUCUGGAGUCCGCUGAGCUUCUCUUCAAUGUGUCCGUGCCAUGGCUGCCCGUGGAACUACCGCACAGAAGCAGAUUAAACAGCACUGCCCGGGAGCUGAUGGAGGCCGUUUUGGUGACUCUAGAUCAUUCUGCCGGUGUUAGCGGACGAUACCUGCUUAAACUCUGCGACUCAGAGGAGUAUCUCAGAAGUGAUGAAAUCUUGGGGUUGUGUGAACGCAUCCAGGUGUAUGAGAAGUUUGCUUCGGACGUUCCAGUGAGGAUGGUGCUCAAGGACUCCGUUGACAAAUCACUGACUCGAGAUGAGGAAGACGACAGGCAGGUGUUUCAUUUUAAUCAAGUCCUCGCUUCUGCUUGUGCUUUCAACACUAUAAGGUCAUGUCUGCAGGAGAAACUGAGCAGCUACAGCCAGGAAGUAGACAAGCUCUUGUCAGGCCAGUGUUGUGGUGGAGUGAAGGAGGUUGUGGAGAGCGUUCAUGUCGUGUGUGAGCAGCUCUGUGGAGUCACUACAGGAGAUCUGGAGGAGGCCGCCGGACGGCUCCAGCGCUUCUCUCCGACUUCAGACGAAAUUAGUGACUGUGAAACUGCUGUAGUCAUGCUCCAUCACGCUCUGCUGAAGCUGCUGCACAUUUUCUUCACAAACUUUGAUUUGGACUUCCGAGGGCAGGAGGAGCGUCCGGAUCCACCGGCAGCAGACGUCUCGCUCCACAGCAGCAUGCUGCAGGUCAGUCUGACGGGCUUCUACAGACUGCUGCCCGGCUGGAUAAACAGUUACGAUCACUUCAGUGUGAGCUGCUCGCUGACGUACUGCGGCAGGAAUCUGACUGAACCUGUGCUGUCUGAAAACAUCAGCACCUCGCUGCAACUCGGCUGCAAGAUCCAGUGCAACCGGCUGUUGGUGUUUCCUGUUCCAGUAAAGGAACUUCCAUAUGAGUCUAUGUUAUCUUUUCAUCUACUGGGCUCAAAACAGGCCAAAGCCCCCGAGCUCCUGUGCUGGGCGGUCCUUCCUCUUUUUAACAACAGGACUCUAGUUGGUGGCACGGUUCUUCUCAGUAUGUCCACACAGGUGCUGCCCGUCUGUCCUCCGUCACCGGCGCUGAGCGACAUCCAUCGACAGCCCACGGGAGUCAUUCUACAGAUUAAUUUCCCGGAGUCUGAGCAGUGGAGAUAUGAGCGAGCGGCGGCUCGGGCCGAAUCCGUCCCGGAGUCAGUGCUGUGUGAAGAGCUGCAGAAGAGGAUCACUGAAGUGUGUCAGAAGCACUGCCUGUCGCUCAUGACAGACAACGAGAAGGCCUUCCUGUGGAGCAAGCGUCUGAUCUGCAGCCAGAAGAACUCGCUCCUGCACCUGGUGUUGGGCAGCGCUCCUCAGUGGAGACCCCAGAACCUGCCCGAAAUAUACUGGGUCCUGGAGCGCUGGGGCCCCGUGAGCGCCGAGGAGGCCCUGUUCCUCCUGAGUGAAGAGUUUCAUGACCAGUGUGUGCGGUCAGCAGCGGUGCAGUGUUUCCAGCAGAUGAGUGACAGUGAGCUGGAGGAGUUUCUACCACAGCUGGUUCAGGCGCUGAAGAUGGAGUGGGACAUCGACGGGCCGUUGAUGAAGCUGCUGCUCUCCAGAUCUUUGAGCUCUAUCCGUAUCUCUCAGCAGCUGUACUGGUUACUCGUGGACUCUCUGGACGACUGGCUCUAUAAGAGCUGGAUGAAUAAGGUUCUGUCGGCUCUGAAGCACUGCUGCGGUCGUUCUCUGAGACACCAGCUUCAGCUCCAGAGCAGAUUGGUAGAUCUUCUCACUCAAGUGGCAGAGAAGAUCCGUACGGCCGACAAAACCAAGAGAAAGGAUGUGUUUAGCCAAGAGAGAUGGAAGAUAGUGAGCUUCUUUGCCGAUGGACAGUCCUGCAGACUUCCACUAGAUCCAGCGGUUGUGGUCAAAGGAGUGAAUAUUGAGUCUUUUAAGGUCUUUAAUUCAAAUGCAGCGCCCAUGGAAGUGUCCUUCAUCACCGCUGACCCGCUGGGCCAGAACUACAGCCUCAUCUGCAAAACCGGAGAUAACCUGCGGCAGGACAUGCUGGUGCUUCAGGUCGUGCGUGUUCUGGACCGCGUCUGGAGACUGGAGGGACUGGACAUGAGGAUGGUCACUUACAGAUGCAUUUCCACCGGACGAGAUCGAGGUUUGGUGGAAGUGGUGCGAGACGCCGUGACGCUGGCCAAGAUUCAUCAGGAGUGGGGUCUGUCUGGAGCUCUGAGGGAAGACACCCUAGAGAAGUGGUUCCACAUGAGGAACAAGACCAAAGAGGACUACGAGAAGGCCGUAAUCAACUUCCUUCACUCCUGCGCCGGCUGGUGCGUGGCCACGUUCAUCCUGGGCAUCUGUGACCGGCACAACGACAACAUCAUGAUCAAACACAGCGGACACAUGUUCCACAUCGACUUCGGCAAGAUCAUGGGCAAUGCGCAGAAGUUCGGGAGCAUCAAGAGAGACCGGACGCCGUUCAUCUUCACCCCGGAGAUGCAGCGCUUCAUCACGGGUGGAGGAGAGAACCCUCAGCGCCUGCAUCGCUUCGUGGAGCUGUGUUGCGACGCGUACAACCGUCUGCGCAGACGCUCUGCUCUGGUGCUCGGUCUGCUGCAGCUGAUGCUGACGGCCGGUAUGCCUGAACUGAAGGACGUCCAGGACCUGAAAUACGUUCACAGCAAACUGAGGCCUCUUGACUCUGAGCUGGAAGCCACUUCAUAUUUUACCAAAAAAAUUAAAGAGAGCAUGGAGAGUUUCCCAGUCAAGCUAAACUUCCUCAUCCACAAUAUGGUGCAGCUUUCCUCCGUCAAGAGCUCAGAAACGCAGGCUAACAGCCAGAUCUCCUCAAACAACAACAUUCAGGAGGCCGUGAUUCAGAAAUACAUGGUCAGCGGCAAAGAUGUGACGUACGAGCUGAAGGUGACUAUUGAGGACGGGUACCUCAUCGUUCAGAAGAGCUUUGCUCAGUUUGAGAUGCUCCAUAAGCUGCUGCAGAAGCACUUCAUCGAGUCCACGCUCCCAAAGUUCCCCAGCUGGUUUAACAUGUCCUUUACAGCGAGCAGGAAGAUGUCUCUGCUGAACAAGUAUCUGAAGGAGCUGUUUGAAGGACCCUGCAAAGGGAACGAGUAUGUCUGCAGCCUGUUUCUGGAUGGACCAAACGCUGCUGUGAAGUCAGAGACAGACGCUCAUCUCCGGCCUCAGAUUCAGCUCUUCCUGUCUUAUAAAGACUAUAAGCUAUCUGUGAUGAUUAAACAUUUGAAAAAUAUUAGGCUGUCUAACGGCUCGUGUCCGGACGCCUACGUGGUCACGAGGUUAAGACCCGACCCACAGGACAAGAGCAAGAAGAAGACCAAAGUGGUCCGCAGCAAUGACAAUCCCACCUUCAACGAGCUGAUCGAGUACAGGAACGUGCCCGGUCUCCACGGCCGUGUGCUGGAGGUGACGGUGAAGAGCAGGAAGACUUUCGUAGCAGCUACAAACGUGGUUCUGGGAGACAGGGUCCUGGACCAGGAGAAGUGGUUUCCUCUGGGCUUCUCGGCUGUGUGAAGAUCAGCCUCGCUGAAGCCGUUUCAGGGCCAUCAGCUAUAAGUGCUUCUGAUGGACUUGAUGUUGAUCAGUAUUUCCAGAACUUAUUAAAGAAGAAGGUUGUUUUUGCUCCUCGGAGGCAUGAACACACAUUGAAGAUGUUUUUGUAAAUACUGAUGUGAUUUACUGUCACUGUAUUAUUCUGCUUUGAUGUGCAUUAAGUUAUAUUUACAUCUUAAACUGGUUUCACUGGGAAGCUGCUUUGAAGCUGUUUUUAUUGUAUGACGUGCUGUAUUAGUGAAAUGUGUUUGUAUGUAUUUGUGUGUGUGUAUAUAACGAAUAGUAAAAUAAAACAUACACAAUA